AUGGACCCUUCUGUCGCCGUUCUGGCUACGGCUCACAAUGAAGUUAUCCCCCUGAAAUACUCUCCCGUUACCGGAGAGAUUAUCCUCAGCACCCCCAUUGCGCCUUCAAGACCGAUGCUCUACUCCGCUCAUCUUACUUGGAUAUCAAACGAUACCAUUCUAGUUGCUGGUGGGACUGUCUUUGGGCACGUCGUCGUGUGGAAAUGUCGGCUGGAAGAAGGCGGCAAGGGGGUAGCUGAAACGUUAUUCAACUUUGAAGGCCAUGAGGGAUCUAUCUUCGGCGUGGACAUUUGUACAAUCACACUUUCAGACGGCAGCACGGCACGGAUACUUGCCAGCUGCAGCGACGAUAGAACGAUCCGGGUUUGGGAUAUUACGAAGCGAGGAGAGGACAGUGUCCAUUCUCGUGAGUCUCAGACCACCAAGGUGAUCAACACUGGCUUCGGCGGUAACGACUUCAACGACGGCGAUAGUACCCAAGACUCUAGCAAAGGGAGUGCUCCUAUUGCCGCUGCCAUGGGCCACGCAUCGCGCAUAUGGGGAGUAAAAUUUGGCACGUCGUGCGGGGAGAAUGCCUUGUCUAUUUACUCCUUUGGGGAAGAUGCAACAGCGCAGAGAUGGCGUCUCCAGAUUAGCCACGCCGCGUCGGCUGGAGAAGCUGACCUCGCCGCAAGUCCUCUGACAGGGAAGCUGUCUCAUGGUAAAACAUUCUCCCUGCAUACUGGGAAGCACCUAUGGUCAAGAGCCACGCUGCUUGAAGACGAGGCUGUGCUCGUUGCCACCGGCGGCGCAGAUAGCCAAAUCUGUCUCAUCGAAGAGUCCACCUUACUCAACGAACGACUGGGCAGUCUUGACGGCUCGAUAACUCUAGACACUAAGGACAUUCUCAAAGGCCUCAUCGACCAAUCAACAUCAACUAUACCUACAAAGGAAAUUAUUAGUCGCUACGAUUUUCUCUCUCAUGACCAUAUCCUCGUCACCACCAGCUUCGGGAGGCUUAUUUUAGGUCACUUCAAAGAUGCUCAGCUUGAACCAGAAUGGGAGCAGAUUGAAGUUGCUGAAGAGCUACGAGGGGACAUGAAGCUAUGCUAUGUCGUAAAAAGCAUUGCGACUACAGCAGCUCUGUUGGGCACAUCAAGCAAGAUCGUCGAAAUGAACUGCCUGUCAAACAAAAGUAGGGAUGAGUCGGACAAUUCUCUGGCUGAGGUGCUAGUCUUCCUUCAUGGAAGGGCAGAGUCUCAUUACUUUGCAAUCGAUGUCUCUACAGGGGAUCUACGCAGCCAAGGGCUGGCCAAAGGGCUCGAUCCUAGGUUCGUCCCUACAGCGGCUGGGAAAAUGAAUGACUUGCUAUUCAUCGGCUCUCGGCACGGGUUUCUGUCCAUCCUUGACCGGAAAGAGGAUGGGCCGUACUACCCAAUCCUAGACAUCUUGACUCGAAGCCGUGAUGCCAUUACUGCCAUUCUUCCACUCCCUCCGAAAUCAGGCUCACAACAGGCCUCUCACUAUAUCCUCGUCGCAAGCCGCGAUGGAAAGUACAGGAUAUAUGAAUUAGAUCAGCGCCAAGGUUCUACCCUUCUUCAUCUGCGACAUGAAACCUCACCACCGUUUGGACCUCUGAUUGCUGGUGCGUGGUUUACCAAAGACAAGGUGCCUGAGCUUGUACUAUAUGGGUUCAGAAGCAAGGAUUUUGUCAUUUGGAAUGAGACACGCCGUGAAGAAUUGGCCACUAUUGAGUGUGGUGGAGCUCAUCGCACGUUCCAGCUAACAUACAACGAGUCAAUACCUGGUCGGUAUCGUUUCGCUUAUACCAAGACCUCCAAGCUCUCCAUCUCUUCAUCAAACCGCAUGGCGCACGAAUGGGUAAAGGCCGGAAUUCACGGAAGGGAGAUUCGAUCAUUGAGUUCCAAUGGUCGUUAUAUUGCCACGGGUGCUGAGGAUACGACCAUUCGGAUAUGGGAGUAUCAACCUGUAAGAGAAGGUGUAGAGGCAGAGCUGCGAUGCGUGGCAUCCAUGAAGACGCACAUCACAGGCCUCCAAAAGCUUGUUUGGCUAGGAGAUGACUACCUGUUCAGCAGCGCUGGCAACGAAGAGUUCUUUGUAUGGAAAGUGCAGAACUUGGAGUCCGAUUACAAGGGGCUGGCCGUAGUCUGUGAGGGCGUCUUCACCGACAAGAGCGCGGAUGCCGAUCUCCGUAUCAUGGAUUUUGACGUCUGUCGAUCUGAUGAUGGACGCGGCAUCGUGGUGACAAUGGGGUUCUCGAACUCGGUGCUAAGGACGUAUCGCUACACAAGCGACGGUGGCCGCUUCGAACUCCUUGCCAAGGGGACUUACACAGGAGCAUGUCUCACUCAAACGCGCCAUCUCAGCAUGCGCGAUCAGCUGCCACUACUCCUCACGGCAUCCACAGAUGGCCAUCUUGCCCUAUGGCGGACCGAGCCAGACGAAGGGACGCAGCGCAAAUAUGUUCUAAAACAGGUGGUGCCGUUGCACCAAAACAGCAUCAAAAGCCUAGACAUGAUGAAAUCAGGAGAAGGGUAUCAAGUCUUUACUGGAGGUGACGACAACAGCGUAGGAGUAACAUUGCUCGGUCGGACCUCGGGCAGCACAGGCGAUGCAAGCUGGACCUUCUCAAAGCGAAGCAUCGUUCGCAACGCCCACGCGGCAGCUAUUGCAGGCGUACUACUAGUUCGUCGACGCACAGGAGUCGUGGGAAUCAGUGUCAGCAACGAUCAGCGCGUGAAGCUGUGGAGAAUCCCCAGCAGCGGAGAUUGGAAUGUCGAGCUCAUCAGGGGAGAGUGUAUCGGCGUGGCAGAUGCUGGAGAUAUCGCAGCCGUUGGCGGGUUGGAGAGCGACGCGGCGACUGUAGUAUUCGCGGGUGUAGGGCUUGAGGCCUGGAGCCUGGAGUGA